AUGAAUAAUGCAAUCGGUAACAUUGGAAACGUUACAACAACACACUACAACAGCAUCGCCAGUGCCGUCAACAGUUCCGUACCCUAUUGGGAAUAUGCCGCCCUGUUACAACCAUUGGCCGCGUCCAUACCGAGAGCCUUUAACACAAUGGAACAGGCACACACUUCCGAGCACAAAUCGGACGCUGGCACAAAACACGAACAACAACAACCGCACAUGUCUGCACAAUAUUACCCCUCAUCCGGAGCAGCAGCAGCAGCAACAUUAUCCCAUACACCCGCCUUUACACGAAAUGACAAUCACAACAACACCGCCGCAAUCGGUUCUUCUGCGCCAAUUACCCCAUCACCCCCCUUCUACUCCAGCUACAAUAUUUCCGAUGACCUGUUCUACUAUUUCAAUGGCUUCGUGGAACACGGCGACGCCAUCUCAUCAACCAUAUCAAGCACCGCACCAACCAUCACGGCGGAAUCAUUCGCCACAACACCUGCGGAUCCCUUCAACAGCACCAGCAUACCUCAAGAACCGGAUUUGUCGGAAUUUCUCACAUCUCUAUCCAAUGAUCGUGUCAGCCUGCUAUCGUUUCUCUUCCUCUUCUCCUUCGCCACUGUCUUUGGCAACUCACUGGUCAUACUGGCCGUCAUAAGAGAGCGUUACCUGCACACGGCCACCAAUUAUUUUAUCACCAGUCUGGCGGUGGCUGACUGUUUGGUCGGUUUGGUUGUGAUGCCUUUUUCGGCACUGUACGAGGUCCUGGAGAAUACGUGGUUCUUCGGUACCGAUUGGUGUGAUAUCUGGAGGUCACUCGAUGUGCUCUUCAGCACGGCUUCCAUUCUCAAUCUAUGUGUCAUAUCACUGGACCGCUACUGGGCCAUAACAGAUCCGUUUUCAUAUCCCAUGCGUAUGACUGUGAAGCGGGCCGCAUCGCUAAUCUGUGCGGUAUGGGUGUGCUCCAGUGCCAUCAGUUUUCCGGCUAUACUGUGGUGGCGGGCAGCCCGUGAUGGUGAGAUGCCAGCCUACAAGUGUACCUUUACGGAACACUUGGGCUAUUUGGUGUUCUCCUCGACUAUCUCAUUUUACCUGCCGCUCCUCGUGAUGGUAUUUACAUAUUGCCGCAUUUAUCGAGCGGCAGUGAUACAGACGCGUUCACUGAAGAUCGGCACGAAACAGGUGCUAAUGGCCUCCGGUGAAUUGCAGUUGACGUUGCGUAUACAUCGCGGCGGUACCACACGAGAACCAUCCACCAGCUCUCACCAUCAGGCGCUGCACGGUUCACUGGGCGGCGGUCCCAGUGGUGGCUCUCAACAUCAUCCGCAUGUCCAUCAUCAUCAUCGCACAUCGCAUCAUAAUCACAGUAAUGCGGGCACCACCACAUCUACGCCGGAAGAGCCAGAUGAUGAACCGCUAUCGGCAUUGCACAACAAUGGUUUGGCUCGGCAUCGCCAUAUGGGCGGAAAGAAUUUCUCAUGGUCAAGGAAAUUGGCCAAAUUCGCCAAGGAGAAAAAAGCGGCGAAAACGUUGGGAAUAGUAAUGGGUGUCUUCAUCGUUUGUUGGCUGCCAUUUUUCGUAGUAAAUCUAUUAUCGGGAUUUUGCAUGGAAUGCAUAGAACACGAGGAGACUGUAUCGGCCGUGGUAACAUGGUUGGGUUGGUUUAAUUCUGGCAUGAAUCCGGUUAUUUAUGCGUGUUGGAGUCGAGAUUUUCGGAGAGCUUUUGUACGAAUCCUGUGCGUUUGCUGUCCCAGAAAAAUCCGAAGAAAAUACCAGCCGACUAUGCGUUCAAAGUCACAGAGAUUCGCCACGAGACGCUGUUACUCCACAUGUUCGCUGCAUGGCAUCCAACAUGUGCGCCAUAAUUCCUGUGAGCAGACAUAUAUUUAG